CACAACUUUAUACGAGUCACAAAAUCUUGUUUGUUUCAUAUCCAUUUACGUCAUAUGAAAAUCAUCAUCUUCAUCACCGUCACAGCUUAAAAGGGGGAAAGAAGAAGAGAGCGGUGCAACGGCGACGUUUCAUCGGCCGGGAUCCUUUUCACAUCCGGGUUUUGGAUUGAAAGAGGGGAAUUAGGGUUUGUGAUUGCAAGAGGAAUAUCGAAGGAUAAUGUGUAUAUUGUGUGUGAUUCAGAAGUGGUCAAGAAAGGUUGCUACCAUGCUGCCAUGGUUAGUGAUUCCGUUGAUUGCACUGUGGUUGUUAUCGCAGUUCUUGCCACCUGCGUUCCGGUUUGAAAUCACCUCACCGCGCCUUGCUUGUGUUCUAGUGCUGUUGGCUACCCUUUUCUGGUAUGAGAUUUUGAUGCCACAGCUUUCGUCCUGGCGGGCUCGUCGGAAUGCUAGACUUAAGGAGAAGAAGAGACUUGAAGCUAUUGAAAUGAAGAAGCUUAGGAAGACUGCAACUAGGAGGUGUAGGAACUGUAAGACUCCUUAUCGGGAUCAGAACCCUUCUGGUGGCAAGUUCAUGUGUUCUUACUGUGGGCAUUCUUCAAAACGACCUCUUUUUGAUCCCUCUGUAUCUUCUGCUUUAGAGCAGUCAGGGGUUUUAAAAGAUUUGGUUGGUAAAUUUUGGUCUGGUAAUAGUUGGAUGUGUGGUCCAGAUUGGCUUGAGAAUGGUGGUUAUUGGGCAAACGGGUCCUUUUCUGGGAAGUCUAGUUACGGGACGACGAAGAAGAAGAAGAACAGUGGUGGUUUUUUUAAUACUGGAAGUGAUCACUUCUUUUCCUUUCCUAUUGUUUUUCUUUGCAAGAUUUUAGCUGCUAUUUUCUUUGUUAUUACCUGGCCUUUUAGAAAACUUUUUAGGAUAAGCUUUUCUGAAGAUGAAGAUUCAAGUGAUACAGAUAUUAAUGGUUUAGCCAAAAAGGGUGAGAAUGGAGGGAAUUGUAAUGAAACUAGAAUUGAGAAAGCCCGCAGGAAAGCAGAGGAAAAAAGGCAAGCUAGAUUAGAAAGAGAGCAAUUAGAGGAAGAAGAAAGGAAACAAAGGGAGGAGGUUGCUCGUCUAGUAGAAGAACGUAGAAAAAUAAGAGAUGAAAUCGAUAAGAAAACCAAGGCUUUGACUCGUGACAAAAAUGAUAAAACUGAGGCUGAAAGAAAACGACAAGAGAGAAAGAAAGAGAGAGACAGGGGAUCUAGUAAAAGCAACUCUGAUGUAGAUGAACUUGAAAAAAGAGCAAGUAAAGAAAUCGAAAGGAAUCUAAAAGGUGAUGCUGAUUCUCGUGAACAUCAUAAACCGAAACUUGUCGUGACAAAUAAUAAGGGAAGUGUCGGUGCACGAUACCUGGAUCGUAUGAGGGGUAAUUUUUUCCCAUCUUCUAGAACAAUUACAGGUGGUUUUUUCGGGAAAGGUGUAAAUGCAAAAGCAAAUGCUAGCAGCACGAGAGAACAUAAAUCUAGUGUUUAUUUGGAACAUGCCAAUAAGAGAGAUUUUGUCCAUCCUGAACGUUCACAUGGGAAAUCAAGUGCCAAUGUAGAUGAUCAAAGCCAGAAUCGUCCUGUGGUUUUUGAGUCCCAACCUUGCCCACCACCCAAAAGAUCAUGGCAUCAGCUAUUCACUCGAUCAUCACCUUCUGUUUCGUGCACAAGCAGACCAAUUCCAAAUGAAAAUCCAUCUCAGAGUUCAAUUGUGACUCAAGGAUUUGAUAAUCCUGUUUCAUACGGGUUACCCUUUCCUAUAUCAUAUGUUGACUCUACUAGUAACACAGAUCUUCAGUUUUCAUCCGAACGUGUACACAGAGAGCCGGAGAUAUUUGAAGACCCGUGCUUUGUUGCUGACCCUGUAGCAGACUCAUUUGACAAUUUCCCGAUAGAUCUUGGCUUUUUAGCUGAUGUUGGGACUUCUGAUGAAAAGCAUUCCAAUUCUUUUGUUUCUCCGGAAAAGACUAAAUUGCCCGUGGAAGACAAGGGAUGGCAGAUGUGGGACAGUUCUUUCUCUCCAGAUACUCUCGGUUUAGUUGCUGGGAAUCCAAACUGGUGUUCACCUCAACAAACUAUUACUAACAAAGAUCCAUGGGCAUUGAGAACUUCAUACGGGCCUACUAACAACCGUUUAUCUAUGGACCUACCGGAGAAUAAAUUGGUUUAUGGAAUUCCUAAUGGAUCUGCAUUCAAUCAUCCAUUUCAGCCGUCUAAUGGCGGUGCUUGGCCCAAGAAAGAUCCAGUUUGUGUUGAAGGCAUAGGAAGCACAUCAGGCUUAAUAGCUCCUGUUGAUGGGCUAUACUCCACUCCAGUCCAGGUGUACAGUCCCUUUGGUCAUGUGAAUGAUAAAGAAAAAGAAGGAUAAUAUUUACAACAAAAAAGAAUAUUUAGACUUUAAUAUACCUUGUUUCAACAUAUAUUUACUACAAAUUUCAUGCAUUUGGACCACUGCUUUUCUCUAAUAUGCUUGUUAGAAGAUGGGUGGUAGGGUGUUUGCAGUCCGAUUUGGCUAAUAUUGACCAAGCUUUGGGUCUGAAAUGCUAACUGCGGUUUUGGAGGUACAGUCCAGGUUGCUGGUUUGAAUUA